AAGAAGAGGAACCCGGAAGUACGGUUUGUUUUGUUUCCUUCAGCGGCGGGAAAGUGCACAAGGGAAGUCAACAAGGUGAUAGACUUUGACCAUGCCAUCCAAGCAGGAUGUGGCCAAAUCAAACAUCUCCCCCGUUCUGUUCAUGACUGUGGAGGGUGAGCCGAUGUCUUUCUUCCUGUGUCCGGGUCCCGUGAAAUGUGAGCUCCAGCCACUCAUCACAGCUGGAGGAGGGAGGAUGUGUAAAGUCCAGCAGCCAGGAGCAAUUCUGCUGAUUGACCCCAAGGAGAGAGGCUCGAUUAAUGAAGCUAAUGCUCACCGAUAUGUUUCCACUCAGUACAUCCACGACUGUGUGGAGAAGGAAGAGCAGCUGAAUGUAGAGGACUACAGGCUAAAUCCUGGAGUCACAAAUCAGUCUGCUAAACCAAACAGCACUACUAGACACCUAGGGGGCAGGCAGUCCUACACAUCUGAAGACGAUGCUGCCAUUUUGAAGUAUGUCAACAAACAUAAGUCAGAGGUUGGAGGAAACCGUCUCUGGCAAGAGAUGGCGAAGAAGAAAGUGACCAGUCACAGCUGGCAGUCCAUGAAAUAUCGUUACAGAGCACGGCUGUCAAAGAAACAGUCCGAUGUGGAGGAGGAAACAUCAGAGGAAGAGACAGAGGCAGCAGAAGGAGAGAGCAAGGUGGAGGAAAAUCAAGAAACAGAUGUUGAGAAACCCUCGAGUGUAGAAGAUGCUGCUUCUCCUCAGGUUCAUUCAGCAGAAUCAAAUGUGGCGCAGGUUGAUUCCCAGUCUUUACCCGCUGACAGCAAACAUGCAGAAACUACAGAAGCUCAAGCAGCCCUUGAGCCCCAAGAAGAAGAAGAAAAAGCACAACAUGGAAGCCCACAGAUAGAAGAACAACUGCCUGAAAGUGAACAACUAGAGACUGUAGAGGCUGAUAUAUCCAACCUCUCCCCACAAGAAGAGCCUAUUUUGGAAUCUGAGGCAGAUCUCCAUCUCUAUCUCACUGAGAGCAUGGAGCCAGAGAGAGAAGAAGAACAAACAGUCACUUCCACACAGAAGGAGAGUGUACCAGAGGACUCUCCUGCAGCUAAUCUCCUGCUCCUGCAUGAGUCGUCCUUUCAGAAAGAAACAGAAGAGAGGCACAAGGCUCCCCCUGAGCUGGAGCAACCACAGCGUCGACUAACACGGAGGCAGCUUCAGCUUGAGGAGUCAUUCGGGUCUGAACCUUACAGCAAAAAACUCAGAUCCUCGUCGUCUUCUACAUCGUCAUCUCCCCAGCCCCAGAGGAAAAUCAAACAAGCUGUUAAGUCUUCUUCUCGUAGAGACUUGACAACAGAGCUUCCACCCGCUAAAAGAGCCAGAGGAAAGUGUGAGGCCGCUAUGCAAGAUACUGCGUCUGCUGCUCCUGAGAGUCAACAAGAGAAGAAUGAGCCAGCUAAAGUCCAAGAAACGGCACAGCCAGAUGCAGAGUCUAGUUCAGUACCACAGCAGGCAGAAAAAAAGAAAACAAAGAAGUUAGGCAUUCUCGAGGCCGCAACAAAGGAGUUUGAAGACGAAAGCGAGUCUGAUACGGAUGAAACUCCAGAUCUUCAAACACAAACUGAAAGAGUAACUGAACAACCCACAUCAUCUGAUCCCACUUCAAACCCAGCAGCAGCCGCUCCCCUCACACAGCCUGACUCCGAACCUGGACCCAGCCUCAAGGAGGUCGUACCAGAGACUCAGACCCCAACAAACAACAGUGUAGAAGAGACUGGCAGCCUUCAGGCUGAAGCUGCUGAGCCUGCUGCUGCUCAGGACGCACAAACCAAGGCCUCCAACGUAACCUGCAGGCCCCACCUGUUCAUAUUCGACAGUGAAUCUCAGGAGGAAGACUCUCAGUCAGUUUACUGUGGGGAUGCGGCAGCUCCAUCAAACCCCCAGACAACGGUGAACAAAGACGCUCCUUAUUCACUGACUCAAGUUCAGCUGGAAGAAGACAAGAAGAGGAUCACAGAGCUGAUGAAGCUGACGAACCAGGAUUUAGCUAGUGUAACCAAAGCCCUUUUGAAGACCAGUGGAGACUUUUCUGCUGCUCAGGCUCUGCUUUUGAAUCCAGGCGUAAUUUCAAGACCAGUUUGGGAUCGCCAUGAUGACAACCUUCUGCUCUCAGCUGACCCUGAGGUUCGCCAGCAGCUGCAAGAAAAAUAUGGUGAGGAUGAACUCGCAAAAAGAAUAGUUUUUCUUGAGGUAGAGGGAUGAAAGUAAAGCAUAUGAGUGAAGAUAGAGUGGAGAGAGAGUCUCAGACCCGUCGUUUACGUCACCUGACUCAUGUUUUUAUUAGCAGAUAAAGUUGACAGCAUUCCUGAUAAUUUCAACAUAAAAUCUUCUCCAUUGUUGCAGAUUUGUUUGACAUUUGAGGAUGACGUUUUAAGAAAGUUUAAUUUCUAAAGUUCAUAAAAGAAUAAAGGUUAUGCUAUAGUUUGUGACACUGCACUGUUGUAUAAGAAGACUUUUACACAAAGUGAAUGCUGUAUGAUUUUAAGUGUCUUUUAAAUUUUUUUUUUGACGCAUUAAUACACUGAAAAAAAAAACAUUGAAUAAAUUGCUCCUUUUGU